AUGCUAAAAGAGCAUAUUCCCCUUCUCCAUUCACCGCACCUACCCCGCCUGCCCCCACCCAUUUCCGACGCAAUGCCCAUCUUGAACCGCCGCUUGGACCGCUUCAUAUCCCUGAAUAAUCUUGGCAAUUUCUCCCAGCUCAUUCAAACAGAAUAUACCUCCCUUUUGCGAGCCCUGUCCUCGACCAUGCCGGAUACAAGCUAUGGUGUUUACACCGCUGCUUCCAAAAUCACAGACUUCAUUUGCGCUCUCUGGACAGACAUCCAUCCCGACUUCUAUUUCAACGGCUUUCAUCUCCCGAGGGGGGUGCCCGGGUCGAAUAUGGACUUGACUCUCAAGGCCGACGAUAUCGCAAUCAGCGGAUUUUCCGCAGUGUUCCUUCCCCGCGGCGUCCUCCAGGAAGAGGUGAAUGCUACGCCGGACGAUGUUGCUUUGCAGGUGGACCUGCAGACACAAACUGCACUUAAGCAGCUCGGCACCAAGAUGGAGUUACUGCAGCACCUUGUCUCGGAACCUGUCUGCUCACUGAAGUUCCGGGCUGACCUCGACAUUCGGUUCGGUCUUCUCUUUGCCUAUCCGUUCUUCUGUAUCGUUGAAGACGCCACGGACCACGCCCUCCGAUUGUCGGAUGUCACCAGCUGUGCUCCACAGGAUCCGCCUUCCCCGGAAAGCCCCCACUUGGCCUCUCUCGUCGCUCUUUGGUUUGCACUGUCAAUUCCAGAACAAGAUGUGCGUCAUACAGACGGCCGCAUCACUUACGGUGUUAAACUCGACUCCCGAAACACCAACACCCUCAAGCCGCCAGCUGAACCCUCAACGCCCACGACAUGGAAAGUGCUCGACCGUAUCCAUGUGCGGUGGACGGGGAGUUCUUCGUCCAGCCCACCCAUGGCAAAUAUGCGUCGCAUAUCUCGUGAGCAGCUUCAAAUGCUGUCCACAGACGAUGGGGACUCAGAUGGCGAUGACACCGAUGAGGGCGUCAAUUUGGAGGAGGACGAGGAAUACCACAACGACAACGACUCAGAUGACUACCAUGAAGAAGAAAUGGACGAUGUCGAGGCCCCUCCUACUAGUGAGCAUUUCGACGACGGACUGUCAAAUUCUAGUGGCCGUUCAUCCAGAAGCCCGACCCCAGCCUCACUAGAAAUCGCUGGGUAUCCCGCCCAACUUACGAUAACGGGAAUAACCGGUAGCGAUGGCGCACAGCUCUACCGUGCAGUGCUGGACAUGGGCGGUCCCAACCAACGGUCAAUUUUGCUGAAAGCCAUCACACGAACCCGGGCGGGCGAGCUAGCUGACGAACUCGCUAUAUAUGAACGACUCGAUGCGAGAACCUCAGCAGACAAGUCCCCCAGCCUCGUUCCACCGUGCUUGGGUGCUUUCGCAGACCCGCGUUGUGCCUGGGUGGGAGCGAUACUAGAACAUUCGGAGAGCUGCCCGCCAUUCGAUGCGUUGUCCCCCACCGAGAAAAACGACGUCUAUAAUGCUCUGCGCCGUCUCCAUAGUCUGGGUGUGCAGCGCGGUUCUUUUCACAGUGGACAUGUGAGAAGGAGCGUCAACGGGGAAUGGUGGAUAACGAACCUGCAUGGGGCGAGCUGUGAACAUCAGUGUCCAGGAGAAGAGUGUGGGGAACUUGUGAAGGCACGAGAGGCGCUGGGAUUGUAA